AUGGAAUCCGCGGAACCGCCCUCUAACACGCGAGAUGAGGACGAUUCGGCCUCAAGCUCCGACCGAACAGUCUCACAUAAUACUGAAGAAAAUGAGUCCGGUAAAGAAAAGGGACCGACUGAACAGAAACAAUCGGCCAGUAUUGAAACCGAUGCAGACGACCGUGGGGAGGAAAACGUUCCCUUUGACAACGACCAGAAGAUAGCCGAAAAUAUAGUGCCCAGAAUUAUGGAGGAAAUCGAUCUGCGAGCUCAGGCGGCUGCCGAAGUAUACAGUGAGUGGUUCGGGUACCGGUGCAACAAAUUCUUCAAGCAUAUGCUACCGGGCCUAACCGAUGGACAAAGUUUCAGAAGGCUGAAGGAGAUAGAAGAGGACGUCAUCAGCCUAACAAACGCCAAGGAUCCCAACGAAGCCAUGUACCGACACGCAAUAGUUGAACCGCAUGCUCGGCUACAAAAGCUAACCGUACAUAUACGAAAGCUUUCAGAAAGGUAUGUUGCGGGAACACCGAAGGCUAAAUUACAACUCUUGGUGCUGGAUAUACUUGAGAUAAAGAAAGGGGAGUUCAUUGACGAGAUAGAGCGGCUUGAAGCGAAUCGAGGUGAUACGUCUCCUCUAGCGGAUCCGGUCAUCAACGAAACCGACGAAAGGACAGAGACUCCUUUCACCGGGCCACUUGAAACCGAUCAACCUGGGAAUUCGGAAUCGGCCGUCACAGAAGAAAAAGUCAAGUUUCUCAUUGAAGAGUUUGUCCACACCGCGGUCAAGCCCUGGAAGAAGAAAGCUAAGAGGGUCGCGGUUCAAGCAUUCAAGAUGGUCGAGACAGCAAGGAAUGACCUUGGGAAGGCAAACGAGCGGCUUACAGAGAUCGAAGUCAACUACCGUGACAACACGGUUCUGUACGACGCUCAUCUUAAGCGAACCGAAGACUUGGAAGGUACGACAUCAAAACUGGUAGAUGACUUGGAACGGUUUCAAGAGAAAACCGAUCAACGGCUCACAAAGGUAGAUGAGGACCUAGGGCGGUCAAGCACCGAUGUCGGUUCGACACUUGACAAGGUCACAGAUCUUGAAAAGAAGAAUGCAAGCCUUGAGGACCGAAAUACCAAACUUGAAGCCGACCUCAAGGCGGUCACCGAGCAGGUGAAUGAAUUGAUGAAGGCCAAGCUUAAUGCUGAUAAAGCGGUUGAGGAGGCAAAUGCUCAAGCGGCUAAAGAACUUCAGGAUGCCCUGGAUGACCAGAACCGGACAGAGAAGGAGGCACCACGGUCUGAUGCGAACUUCAACGAUCGCUUACGGUUAUUAACGGCCAAAGAUCCGGAACUUGCAAAAUCCAUAGCAGCUCGAGAAGACAAGGAGGCAGAGCGGUUAAACAAUGAAAAACAGAGGCUCGCCGAAUAUGCCAAGGCUCACAAGAAGAUUGAUACCCCCAUGACUCAUCGGGAGAAUAGUUCUACCGGUGAUGAGGCUAACUAUGAGAAGUGGGAAAUGUCAAAUCGCAUGUGUCUCAUGAUCAUAAAGUGCGGCAUUCCAGAGAAUGAUAAGGAGGAAACAUACGCAAUUUUAGCAUUCCUUAUUACCUUAAAGUAUAAAGGCAAUGGUAAUAAAAGAGAGCACAUCUUGGAAAUGUCCCAUAUAGUUUCAAGGCUAAAGGCACUUAAACUUGAUCUUUCCGAAGAUCUUCUUGGGCAUCUGAUACUCCUCUCGCUACCAUCUCACUAUAACCAGUUUAAAGUGAGCUAUAAUUGUCAAAAGGAGAAAUGGUCUCUUAACGAGCUCAUUUCUUAUUGCGAAAAAGAGGAGGAAAUGUUGAAACUGGACAGGACCGAAAGUGCUCAUAUAGUUACUGCUCUCAAGGUUAAUAACCUAAAGAUAAAGAAUAAGGAAGUUGUUAAGAGUCCUUAUAAGAAGAAACAAGUCAUAUCCGAGGGUUGCCUGAGUCAUCGGUUGCCAAUUGAUGUUGAAAGAUUCAUCUAUGUAGGCGAUGAGAAAACAAAGCUCGUGGAGGUAAAACAUCUCUUUUAUCUCCCCGUCGACAGAGAGGAUUCACAGAGUGAGAAAUCCCAAAGUGAAUUUAAGGGUUGUGCUAGAUUGGAAUAUCCAUCACCCGAAAUUUAUCCCAAGUACAAUCAAGAACAAUGGAAGCUAAAAGUAUGUUCUACUUCUAGUAAUUGA